AUGUCAUUCAAUUCUAUACUUGAAAAGCUAGCUUAUCAGCUACAGUACACCUCACAGAAGCCAGAGGUGACGUGGGAGGCCAGAACACCCACCGACCUUUGUCUUUAUAACACCUCUGUAUAUGAGAUACCCGGAGAAAUAGAGUGGACCUGGAUACCGGUCAACGCCCGGGACGUAAAUGCCGACAUCAUCGCAUCAAAACUUAUUCUGGAGAGUCUGUCUUACUUCCGCCUUGUUCGAUUUGGUGACUGGGUACAGGAAGCAGAGGGUUCCUCAUCGAAUGCUGUCAGAUUACUAGAUUUUAGAUAUAAAUGGCUAAGUGAGACGCUAUAUUCCUAUCUUACAAGGAGCCUGGAGGAAUAUCAAAAGUACCUGGAUCUGGUCAAGGCCUUGGAGGAAAAAGCGGCUGACCCCUUUUUGCUUGGUGCCAUCAAGAAUGCCUGCGACUGCAUUAGCAGGAGGACAUAUGUGGAAUUUGGUAUUGACUCUCAGUUUAUUACGGGCCCUCUAAGUAUCAUCAGAGCCAGAGAGUAUCCAAGAGAGCUUAUUGAUCGUCAACUCAAGGCUUUAGAAGUGCGCUUCCGAAGCUGGUAUAACAGUCCUGAGGUUAGGUGGUCGCAAGAGUUCGAUACUCAAACUGACUUUCUCGACACAUUGUACCGCAUAGGACCUGAAGCCAUAGCGGUCCAGCUAUCUAAAGAAGACCUCCCACACUUCCACCGACUUACUAUAAACAGCAUUACGAACGACAGCAACGGUGUUCGGCUAGCUCUCAAUACCCGUUGGAACAGCCUUGCCCAUGCGGCAAAGGAAUGUUCAGCUGCUGGGCUUUAUACGGAGCUGACUCUAUUAGCGUGGAAACUUCAUCGUCUGCGCAACUUUUACUCUUUGACUGCAAUCCUUCAAGGUAUCAGGUUAAGUGGAUUGCGCUUAGCAGCACUCGACUACCUGAUAGAUUCCGGGGGGAAUUACAUGCAGUAUAGAAAGAAAAUGUGUUCUAGCCCUGCACUUCACUUCCUGUUUCCUUUCUCACGAACAAAGAAUACCACAGAUGUCGAAAAGGUAGUGUCUGCUGCCAGGGGAUACACCGUUAGAGAUCAAAACAACAUUCUUUCACUGCUCUCGACUUGCCUGGGCUUUAGGCCGUGA